UGCAAAGCUGCCCAUUCCCCGAACAAACGCCACGAGACUAUCCACUCCACACCACCUCGGACCGCCUACCAUCCCCGCACCAUCUUCAAGGCGCCACCUUACACUUUAGUACACUUCACGAGGUGAUACACCUUCACACCCUGCCACGUUCCUUAUCUCUGCCUCCCUAUAAUACCCGACACCCAACACAACAUCAUCAUAAUAAGGGGGGGAAAACGUAUGCUCUUAUUUUCCCAGUCAUUGCUGUGUGUGUCGCUCACGAAAGGAAGUCAUGCCUCAUCGAUCAAGGCCCAUGUCGAGGUACGAGCCAUCUUCAGGACAACCAGCUUCACGCAAGGUGGUGAAGUUUAUGACUGCAGGGACAAUAGGUGCAGCACUGUUGGUGUUGUCCGGGUUAACUUUGACUGGGACAGUUAUAGCCUUGGUCGUGGCCACACCAGUUCUGGUGCUGUCUAGUCCAAUUUUAGUCCCGGCAGCGAUUGUUGUUUUCUUGGUCGCUUCUGGGUUCUUUUUCUCAAGUGGGUGUGGCUUGGCUGCUAUAAUGGUAACGCUGUGGAUAUAUAACUAUGUGACUGGUAAGCAUCCACCUGGUGCUGAUAAGCUGGAUUAUGCUGGAGGGAGGAUAGCAGAAACGGCCAAGGAUAUGAAAGAUAGAGCUAAAGAGUGCGGUCAGAAUGUGCGACAGAAGGUUCAAGAAUCUAGUCAUACUCAAACUUCUUAAUUAAUUGAAAGAGGUGGUGGGUUUGCCUGGGUUAAUGUGUUUUGGUUGUCAGUUUCUUAUCACGUAGUUGUAAUGCUCUCCUCGUUUAAUUUGCAGCUGAUGAUUUUGGCGUGUCAAUAAAUCCCACUUCUGUUUGUAAUAACAGGAAAUAAUCAAGUUUUAUCUUUAAAAAAACAA